GAAGGUCACUUUAUGUUGCUUUAACCCAAAUGGUUUGCGAGUGAAAUACUCUCAAGUGUAGAUUGGAUGUAUUCUGACUGAUAACGUUCGCCAGAAGACCUUUGGGUGGUUUAUCUGGAUUUCCUGGUCACUCUCAUCGCCACAGAGUCGUUUUUCUGACUCAGACUUUUGUGGGAAGACAGAGAGAGAGAGAGCUUUUUCGGCGCGUAGAGAAGCUGAAGAUUGUCUCCCGCGAAAAAGGCACGGAAAUCACUAAUUUAGUAGAAUUGACCUUUGCAUCAGUUGAGGCCUCAAGUUGGCAGUUUAGUGGCAAAAUAGUUGGGAAUUGCUCUCGUGUCUGUGGCUGGGCGGUGAAAGUUUCCCCGCGGGGAGGCGACUGUGUGGACCCUGUGCGCUAUCAGUGGCUGUCUAAUCUAAUCACCAGACUGCCCUCCCUGGCCACUAUCGGCACGGGUAGAUUUGUGGUCGUUUCACGCGCUCUCGAAGGUGACAAAACCCAUUCGCAGACACAGUGAAUGUUCCUCAUGCGAUCCCAGAGCAUCGCCGCCAAUUCACUCUGUGUCUCCCGGGACAAUUUUGGAAGUCAGAUAGCGCGCGAGUGCAGCAAAGAUGCCGAAGACGGAGUGUGGCGUGGGUCUGUGGAGGCCUCAAUGGCUCCAGAGAUUCGCCAAUACGAGGACUUUUAUUGUGGUUUAUGGAUUCUUGGGCACCACGCAGGCCAUGUGCUACAUGUACUUUGUCAUCACGCUCACCACCAUCGAGAGAAGGUUCAAGAUUCCCUCCCACACAACAGGCAUCAUCAUGAGCGGCAAUGAGAUCUCGCAGAUCCUCCUGUCGCUCUUCCUCUCCUACUUCGGCGGCCAGCGCAACAGGCCACUGUGGAUAGCAUGGGGAGUGGCCAUCUGCGGUCUCUCCUGCUUCAUCCUCGCGCUGCCGCACUUCAUCUACGGCGCCGGCGAAGACGCCCUGCGCCUCACACAAGAGUACCAGGACCAGUUCGUGCGCGAGAGCCCCGUUACCUUCGCGAACUCCUCCAGCCUCUUCGACAGUAGCUCUCAGCGCCUCUGCUCCUCCAGCGAUCCCACCAACGCCAACGACUGCGAUGAGCUCUUCUCCGUGGUGCCGCUGGUGCUCAUCUUCCUCUCCCAAUUCGUGCUGGGCAUCGGGAACACGCUGUACUACUCCUUGGGACAAGCCUACCUGGACGACAACACCAAGAAGACAAACACACCGCAAUUGCUGGGCUACGCUUUCUCCCUGAGGAUGUUCGGACCACUGAUUGGCUUCUUCGUCGCCUUUGGCUUCCUCAACACCUACAUCGAUCCCACCAAGACGCCACUCAUCACGCCCGCCGAUCCGCGCUGGAUGGGCGCCUGGUGGAUGGGCUGGAUCGUCAUGGGCUCCGUCAUGAUCGUCUUCGCCGUGCUGAUUGGCAUGUUUCCCAAGGAUUUGCCCAAGAAGCCCAAACCAGGGGUGAAUGGGAAUGCCAAUGCCAUCACUGAGGAAGCUGUGCCACUCAAGGGAAUGUCCAAAGCAAUCCCCGAAGUGCCCGCAGAAGAACCGCCUGUGUUGACGCAACCAGCGAAGGCGCAAAUGAAGGACUUCCCGGCAGCCUUGGCGCGUCUCUUUCGCAACAAAGUCAUCAUGUUCAACCUCAUCUCGGGCAUCUUCUACAUCCUGGGCGCCAGUGGCUACAUGACCUUCUUCGCCAAGUACAUCGAGGUGCAAUUCCACAAAACCCGCUCAGAUUCCACCAUCAUUGCCGGUCCCAUCAAUCUUUUCGGCAUGGUGGCGGGCUUCUUGAUCUCCGGCUGGGUGAUCACCAAGAAGAAGCCCACGGCGUCGCGUCUGCUCUUCUGGAACGUCAUCCUGGGCUGCGUCUACGUGGCCGGCACGGCCAGCUACCUCUUCCUCACGUGCCCCGAGGAGAACAUGCCGACGCCCGUCAACGGUCGCCUCAAUCUCACCAGGAGCUGCAACAGCAACUGCUCUUGCGACCACGUGCCCUACAAUCCCGUCUGCAACGAGGCCACCGGCACCACCUACUUCUCCGCCUGUCACGCCGGCUGCGCCGAGUGGAACUCCAGCGAGAAGUUCUACGGCAAUUGCUCGUGUCUGGCCACCAAAACAGCCCCUCAGAAUGAGUCACACUUCAAGUGGCUUCAGCCAUCGCAGCCAAUCCGGCCCGUCUUCGACAGUGAGUACGAAGAGAUCACGGUGGAGUUCACAGAGAGCGCCGAAGAGAGUCCUCCAGGCACAGAGACAACGCCUCCGGACGAGACAAUCUCAGCGAGGCGGCGGAGAAGCACUCUAGACGCCACUGUGGAGACCAUGACAACCAUUCCGGGAGCCUGCAUGGCAGGCUGCACUCAAGCUUUCAUUCUCUUCUCUCUCGUCUCCAGCAUUACGAACUUCCUGGGCGCCACCGGGAAAAUCGGCAAUGUCUUGGUCAACUACAGGGCUGUUUCCGUGGAGGACAAGAGUUUCACCCAAGGACUCGCUCUGAUGAUGUUCAGCCUGUUUGGCCUGAUUCCCGGACCAAUUCUCUACGGCUGGAUCAUCGAUCAGACUUGCAUGGUGUGGAACUAUCGUUGCGAGACGAUUGGCAAUUGCCAGAUGUAUAAUCAGCGUGAUUUCCGUGUUUACGUCAACGCGACGGCCAUUGUUCUCACGACUAUUGCCAUGGUUUUCGACUUUCUCGUGUGGUAUCACGGCAGACAUCUGGACUUCUACAGCGAAGACUACGCUGAAACUAAUCAGAAACAGCUCAGGAGUAAAACCAGGCGAAAACCCGUCGAAAGCUGAGAUUUAAGCCAUUAUUUGUUAUGUCAUUUUAGCCCGCGUAUUUAACAAAAUAAAGUGGAAAAAGUGAUCAA